AUGCCCAGUAAAGAAGAUAUACUGACACCUGAAGAAGAAAUUCGAUUAAAGCGAUGCAUUUUAAGCGCAAAGCGCGAUCAUUUGCCGCCAAUAUGUACGCAUAAUAUGGUUGACGAUGCUGGUGAUCAAGUUUUAAAUGCUUUUCGGCGAACGAAUCUUAUUAAUAAACCAGACGAUCGUGUUAAGGUUAUUUUCCAUCCAGAAUUCCUUUCUUCUGUUUCACCGUUAAUGAAUUUGGAUUAUGAGGAUUUUGUUCGUGGAUGCCAUCUUGGAGUGUUUCCGAGUUAUUAUGAACCAUGGGGUUAUACUCCCGCUGAAUGUACUGUAAUGGGAAUUCCAUCCAUUACAACGAACUUGUCUGGAUUUGGAUGCUUCAUCAACGAACAUGUCACCGAUCCAGGUUCAUAUGGGAUAUUUGUAGUUGAUCGGCGUUUCAAGAGUGCAAAUGAAUCCAUUAACGAUCUAACCAAUCAACUUUAUAAUUUCGCAUUACUUUCUCGACGACAACGAAUUAUUAUGAGAAAUCGUACUGAGCGGCUAAGCGAAAUUUUAGAUUGGAAAACUCUUGGAGCUUUUUACCGUGAAGCGAGACGUGCAGCUCUGCAAAAAACUCACCCGGAUUUGGAUGAAGUUAUCAAUAAGACGCUUCAAAAACUUCCAAGGCCAAUAUCAGCAGCUUCAACACCAGUCACAAGUCGGCAGACUACUCCCCAUCCAAGUGAUAAUGAAGUCUCCGAUACUGAAGAGCAAGAAGAAUUUGAAGCUCGAGCGUGGAAUCAGUAG